AUGCAUCUGUCCAAUUUCGUUGCGUUGACAGCCCUCAGCGCCUUCGAUCUUGCCUCCGCAGCAGCCUCUUGCAGGUCUGGACAAUGGGUCAACCUGGCCCCGAUUCCGACACAGUCUCGUCAAGAACACGGCACCGUUGCCAUCGGAAACUCGACCAUUGCCAUCCUUGGGGGCAUCGUUCCAGUUGAGCAUGGCACGCAGACCACCGACAUCCUCCAGCUAUAUGAUAUCACCUUGAACUCUUGGCGCACCGCAUCUCCUGCUCCCUACCCUGUCAACCAUCCCAACCUUGCCGUCGUCGGCAACACUUUAUACUCCCUGGGUGGCUUGGUUGACGGCCCCGUCUCACCUGGGAUAGUCAUGAACUGGGUCGCUUCCACGUCCUCUCACGCCUACGAUCUCGCCACCGAUACGUGGACGGAGCUUGCUCCUAUGCCGAACGGUACGGAACGCGGAAGUGCCAUCAUGGGCGUACACGGCGAGAUGGUCUAUCUUGCCGGUGGGAUGACCGUGCUGCAGACUGAGUAUCAGGAUGCGGUGAACAUCGUCACCGCGUUCAACACGACCUCAGGCACAUGGAAGAGACUCAGCGCAGAGGCUGCCGAGCUCCCGGAGAGCCGGCAGCAUGGCAGCGGCGCGGUCAUCGGUGACACGUUCUACGUCGCUGGCGGACGACGAUUCGGGCAGGAGAAUACCCGCGACACGGUCUUCGAGCUCGACCUCACCAACCAAGCGACCGGGUGGCGUACAAGCAGCGGUCAUAUGUCCGUUCCGCGAGGCGGUCUUAGCGGCAGUGCGGUGGGAUCUAAACUGUAUACCUUUGGCGGAGAGGGGAAUCCGACCACUUAUACCGGGUUAUUCAAUCAAUCCGAGGUGUUCGAUACCGUGUCGCAGCGUUGGAGGAAACUCGCGCCCAUGGCCGUGCCCCGUCAUGGUACUCAGGCUGCUACUUUGGGCGGUCGGGUUUACAUUCCAGGCGGAGGACUUCAGCAGGACGGCAAGAAUGUCACGAUCGACGGAGUGACGGCCAUUCAUCGCUCGACCUCCCAUUUUGAUGCUUAUUGCCCUUAG